AUGGUUCGUGACGGCAGCGGCAUGCCGCAACCUGAGCAUUUCGGGCCAUUCACCCAUGAAGAGACAGCUGUCGAGCGUCGUCUGGCCGUUCCAAGGUUGUCCUUGCUCGCCGUCUGCAUGUGCCUGUACGCGCUGAGCAGCCAGCUGAGCUUUGUGAACUCGCCCGUCGCGAAUCGUCAGGUCGAUGUGGCUGCAGCUGCGGCGGUGAAGUACGAAACGGACAUGCCUGCUGAGAACGGCGUCUACCCCGUGGGCAAUGCCAAGCGGACGGUCAUGGUGACUGGCAUCGUCAUGCUUUUCCUGUUCUACUUGCUGCUGUUGCUCCUCGACAACCAGUCCGUUCUGCUGCCUCCGGAGGAUGAGUUCGACGAGUACGUCGAUGUGGCUGCAGCUGCGGCGGUGAAGUACGAAACGGACAUGCCUGCUGAGAACGGCGUCUACCCCGUGGGCAACGCCAAGCGGACGGCGCCCUAUGGCGAGCGCGAUCCCCUGCCGGAGGGUUACGGCAUCCGCACUGGCCUGUCGGACUUGCUGAAGCCCCUGAACGCAGAGGCAGGCGUUGUUGCGAAGGAGGACAGCAUCCCGACUGUCUUGGCAACUCGCUUCGCAAUCACGAUCCCCUGCGUUUGA